ACGGUCCAGAGAAAUGCCUUGGAGAUGAUCUGCAACAGGAGACUAAUUAAUGGCAGCAAGCUUGACAUCAGCACUUCAAACAAGAGACUUGGUGGUUUUGUGUCAUGUUUGUGGUUGCCCUGAAUAACCAUCGCUGUGGACAUCACCGAACAAUAUAAAAGACACUUGUUUCUCCCAAGGGGAGAUCAGAUGACUCCCCUUCACACAAGCCUGAAGAUGACGUGGUUCCCGACCAAUUUCCAGAAAGCUGCUGGGAUGGACACAUCAAACAGGAAAGUCCUGGUGCUGGUUUUGAUGUUGCUGCUGUCUCAACUGGCCUGUGAUGCUUAUAGCGUGUCUGAGUGCUGCAGAGAACCAUCUCGCUCCUGUCGCCUCUAUGUGUUGUUGUGUCGCUCUGGCAGCAAGACCUUCGGGGAAGCGCUCACAGGAGAUGCCGCCGCUGGCAUCCUCACGCUGGGUAAACGGAAAGAAGAUGAGGAUCGCUUGCAGAGCCGACUCCACCAGCUCCUCCAAGGCUCCAGGAACCAAGCAGCAGGGAUCCUGACUAUGGGGAAGAGACUGAAGAGAGCUGGAGAGCAGUACAUGGACUGGAUGGCUCAGUCAAGAACUACUCUCACAACACCCCUGAUUUAAGCUAAAUACCUCAUGGGACUCUGUGGGACUCUAUGUAGAAUCUAUGUAGAAAACACACACUUAUUUGGGUGUUAUUACACAAAAUGUAUAUUUUUUUGCUCAUGUAGAAAUUAUUUUGUGAUUUUCUUUGAACUAUGCCUGUUUGAAUGUGAUAUGAUCAGAUAACAUUAGGAAGAUUUAUAAUAGUGUACAUAUAUAGAAAAGGCCUUGUGGUGUAAUAAAAAAUAUAAUGCUGACAACAUAUCUUUAAUUAUUCUUGGGUGGGUUUUCUAGGGUUAGAACUAAAUAUUUCUUACAUUUUCUAUUAAGAAAG